CAAUGCCGAUUAUCACACACUAACUCACCAUCCAAAGUUAUCAAUGCCAGGUGCAUCCUUCUAGUUCUUUUCUUGUCAACCUUGGCAUUGUUGCCAUGUGCCCAGAACAGCGUACGGGACAAUGAACGUUCUACUUCGGCGACUUGACUUGUGUCAUGGCACAACAAUGGUUCAUCACUGUAGGACUGCAGCAGGACUGUUUGCUGCUGUUAAUGAAAGAAUGUUUGUUUUAGAAGGUUAAAGUCUUUGAUCCUGAAUCUAAACGUUGCUAGUCAUGUAAAUGUGUAAAUUUACGAACCUUUGUGAGAAAGUGCUGUUUUGAUCAGCUUGUUCAGUGACCUUUUUUUCAACAUUUUCUUGUGUCUACUUUCUACUUCUGAUGUUCACGUUAAUAGUUCAAUAUUGCGACGUGAUAAAAGUUCUCUACUGCUACGGGAACACUUUAAAUACACUAUUUGGAUGGCAUCUUUUUUCAUCUUAGUUGGUCUUGUCUUCAUGUUCUCCCAAGGAACAAUUUCAAAAUAUAACCGUUGCUCCACAACAUAUCAGCCAAUGAGCGAUAAGAUAUGAGUAUAAAGCAAGGCAGUCCUCGUCUCCGCUCAGAGCGCGUCUUCAGUUGGUCAUCAGACCUAGGAAGAGUGCGAGCCACCCGUCUCUAAGCGGUACCACAUCGCAGAAGAGCCGACAGACAUCCAAGAUGCGCCCGCUGGUUACUUUGCUGGCCUUCUGCUUCUUCGUGGUCGCUGUGAAGGGUGCCCCAGCCGAAGAAGAAACCGGUGAACCGGUUCUGCCCGAUCCGAAGCAGUCUUUGGAGACUCCAGAGCUGCCGAAGGAAGUGGCGGAGAUCCUCCUGGAGGCGAGGACCAUGGAGGCCGAGGGCCCGGAGGAUCGCAAGAAAAGAGAGGCCCGAUCCCGGAACACCUGUAGGGACUCGUUUGGAGACGAGUGUUCCUGUCGGUACUGGAAAGCGGUACACUCCUGCGUGUACGACUUUGUGCAUAAUGACUGCGAAAAGACGUGUGGGCUGUGUCAAUCAACUGAAGAGGAGGAGUGUAAAGACUACUUAGCCCAACCACUUUGCGACCGCGUCAAGACGCUCUGUGGGACAAGCGAGGACAUCGACACGUUCGCCGGGGCCUGCUGCAACAAGACCAUUGGGGGCUGUGUUGUUGAUAUCGAUGGAUGCGAUCCCAACCCAUGCGAUGCCAAUGCUGCCUGUACAGACAUUCCGGCCCCUGGGACCGAUAUCGAUGGAUGUGCUGGCGACCCGUGUGAUGCCAAUGCUGCCUGUACAGACAUUCCGGCCCCUGGGACCGGUCAGGUCUGUACGUGCAACACUGGGUACGAGGGAGAUGGAUACACGUGUACAGAUAUCGAUGGAUGCGAUCCCAACCCAUGCAAUGCCAAUGCUGCCUGUGCAGACGUUCCGGCCCCUGGGACCGGCCAGGUCUGUACGUGCAACACUGGGUAUGAGGGAGAUGGACACACGUGUACAGGUGGAGAACAAGAUGAAACGUUCGGGCCACGCUGUUUGGCAGCCCACAACGAGAAGCGUGCAAGACACAAUGCACCGCCCCUGGUCUGGGACCCGAUGGUGUGGAAGAACACAAACGCAGUUGGCUGUGGCAGAUCUGACAACAAACCCAACAACAUCCUGGUCUGCUACUACCAGAAAACUGGCAACAUAUUCAGCACGUGGGCAUUCAACAGAAAUGUCAAUAUCUAG